GUCAUUAACCCAAACCCACAAUUGAACCAAACCGUAUAGAUCUUCACUGCAGAGGAGAGCCCAAAACCCAGCCAAACCUUCACCUCCAAAACAGUGAGAGAGCAGUGUGUUGAUGUGCAGAAAAUCAAGCUCCGUUCUUUUCUUUUCCCAUAUAGCUCUCACUUGAAUCCAAUUCCCAUGCAUAUAUAGUAAAAAUCCAAGAAUUCAAGCCCCUUUCAUUAGCUUUCUCCACCAAAACCCUAGCCAAAGAAAAGACACAGAGACAGAGAGAGAGUGAGAGAGAGAAAGAAAUGGCGUUUAGAGGAAAGGAGAUGAUGAAGAAAGUGUUGAAGAAUGUAGGAGAGAAGAACUUGGCUCCCGGAUUGAAAGAGUCACUCAAGAAAUGCAUACCGGACAGUAAGGUUGUCAUGGGCCGAGCCAAACGCGGCCUCUACGCUGGCCGCCACAUCCAGUUCGGCAAUCGCGUCAGCGAAGAUGGUGGCAACAAGUCAAGGAGGACUUGGAAGCCGAAUGUCCAGGAGAAGCGGCUCUUCAGUUACGUUUUAGACCGCCAUAUUCGAGUGAAAGUCACCACUCAUGCCCUCCGUUGCAUAGACAAGGCAGGAGGGAUUGAUGAGUACCUCCUGAAAACUCCUUACCACAAGAUGGACACAGAAAUGGGCCUCUACUGGAAGUCUAGGAUCGAGAAGAUGUACGAAGAGCUAGGGAAGAGGGAAGUUGUUUUCUUUUCACCAGAGGAUGAAGCCAGGUUUGAACAACGUUUUAAAGAUCUGAAAGUGGCCGAGAGGACAGCUCGUAGGGAUGCCAGGAGACAAAUGUCCGGUUGGUCAGACAAACAGAAGCAGAUUGAGGAAGGUCAAGUGAAAGAUCAAUUGACUGAUGAAGAAGCCGCUCCCGAGCAGUGGGCUGCAAACUCUUAAGUUUUGGACCAUUCACCAUCUUGGAAUGUUCCCCCAUCUUUGUUUUUUAUUGCCCAUUUGAAAUUUUGUAUCUCUUUAAUGUUUGUUUUUUGAAGUAGUCUUUAGCUGUAUCAGGCCUGAUGGAAAAAUAUUCAGCAGAAAUCAAUUAUCUUUUUCAGAUGGAAAUUAUUUGA